AUAAAUAAAUACACAGACACACUCCUAGACUUGGAAGCACACAAUGACGACAAGUUCUUCAUUGCUUAACCUCUUCUUCCUUCUCCUUACCUUUACCAUAAAACUGAAAUUUGCCAUUGCUGGUGGUACUGUUAAAGACAUAGACGGCAACGUUUUGAAUAUUACAAGCAAGUACUCUAUCUUGCCGUCAAUUGAAAAUCAUGGCGGAGUUACGGUUGCUAAAACUGAGGUGAAAAAUCAACUACUUGUUGUUCUCUCUAGCAGCGCCUUGCCAGUCACAUUUACAGACUCCAAUUCAACAAAGGCCAUCCUUACCGAUGACAUUGUAUCGGUAAAUUUCACCAACAUUCCUAAAUAUAAUGGUUCUUCUUCUUGGAUUGUUAUCUAUGAUAAAUCGGCUAAAGUGCCAUAUGUAGCUGUCGGUAGUGCUAAAGAUUACCCCAGUCACCAAAUUAAGACGGGAACCUUCAAAAUUGAGUCCAUUGGUGCUCUCUACAAGUUUGUUUUUUGUAGUGAUAUCGCUAACACAUCUUGCAAAGAUGUUGGAGUAUAUCAAGAGAAUGGUGGAAUUAAACGUCUAGCUCUCACUGGAAACGCGUUGUUAAUUAAGUUCAAAAAGGAUAGCAUAUGAAUGUAUAUGUAUUAUCUUCUAUUAUUAAUAAUCGUUUUAGAUAAGUCAUAGUAAUAUUAACUCUUAGAUUCAAUCCUUUGAAAUUCUAAACACUAAUAAGGUCUUAGAACAACAAGAGCUACAAUUCUAUAUCCGUAUUCUAUGUUAGUUUA